GCAGAUAUUUUCUUAGUUGACUUGUCAGAUUCAUCCUUCAGCUUAACAAAAAUGAUUGUAACAUUUUGUUUUUAGUCUCAACAACAGUCACUACACCGGGGUGAACCCUCCAACACCCACAAUGUCAGCAAAAAUAAACUCAACAAUGGCUGCUACAACAGUUGUGACCACUACAACAACCACAAUGUCUCCAACAACCACAAGGUCUCCAACAACCACAAUGUCUCCAACAACCACAAUGUCUCCAACAAUCACAAGGGCUCCAACAACAGAUGCGAAAACGACAACAGCUGCAACAACAUUUAUGACAUCUUCUAGAAGGACUACUAGUGUGACAGACAUUACCUCCACCCCAGCUCCAACCACAGCACUCACAACUGAUGCUACUACCAAGGCUACACCUGCAGUACAACAGACCACUGCUCCUGUGAAAGGGUUCAAUUUGGAAAUGACAGUGCAAUUAAACAAGAUGUUCACAGACACAUUGAAUGAUCCACAAAGUGCUGCAUACAACGAUCUUAAAAACACCAUGAAUGAAGUGUUAAUCAACAAGUAUGAAAGAAUAACAGGGUUUAUUGGUGUUUCUGUGACAGGAUUCAGAGAAGGAAGCAUAUUUACAGAUUUUGUUGUUGUGACUACAGAGGUUAAAACAGCAGAAUUGGCUAAAGCAAAUAAAGAAUUUUCAGAAGCAGUAAACUCUAAUAUUGCCCCUGUCAUUGGCUCUGUCACUGCAUUGUACAACAGUGAAGAUGAAUUAGGGUUUACCGCCCCAAUUUAUACUGGAAAUAGCAUGACACUGGUGUGCAAACCCAGAAACAUUAAUGUGGGACAAAUAAGUAGUGUCGAGUGGACAUUACGUGGAAGGGUAAUUAAGCAGCUUGGAAGGAGAACAAUAACUUUAAAUCCUAUAACAGGGUCUGUCCUAAAAAUAAAGAAAGCCAUUCUUCUGGAUAUUGGGCUUUACCAAUGCACUCUGAUGGGCGACGUAUUGCAGGUCAUAAAAAAAAUGGACGUGACUGGAAAUGAUAUCCAACAAGCUCCCAUCAUAGAAUCAAAGAGUCAAAUAAACGUUAGAUGUCUGGGGACAGAGGGACAAACAGAAUCACUUGUGUGUUGUGUGCAGUCCCCUUUUAAGGUGAAUUGGUUUAAAGACUCACCUAAUCCUUUUGAUGCUGGUGUUACUGAAAAUGGAAAGCAAUUCUGUCGCACAUAUAAACGACCGCUAGGAGAAUGCGGUGGAUCAACGUCACUAAAAUUGACUUGUAAGGUCGAUAAUCUCGAAUAUAGACGGGUAACAACAUUGAACAUUUUCGUAGAAUCUUUUACAUGUAAAGACGCUGAUUAUGGGGAUGGACGACAAGGCGACAAAUCUAUUAAAGAAUGUCCUACGGGUCAAGAGGGGGAUAAGAGUGCGGAGUGUGAUGAUGGAGAGUGGAGAUUGUUAGAGGACACUUGCGUUAUCAAAGUAAUCAAGGAGUUGCUUGUUUCUUCAGAGGAGUUGCAAGUGAAGGAUGUCCCAGAUUUUGUGGAGGGUCUGAGUAAAGAUGUCAAAGAGGUGAAGAAGGAAGUAAGAGAGUCACCUAAUACCAUAUCAACUAUCGUGGAAAUCCUGGGCAACAUUGCAGAUUUGGCUCUGGUCGUCAAUCAACCUGUCAUAGAGAGUGUCCUUCAAACAGUUGAUGUCAUUAUUGGUGAUGAUUCAAGAGAGUCCUGGACAGUUCUGAAUGCAAACGAAAACAACAACGCAAGCUCUGAUUUACUGGGUUCGAUGGAACUCUUCUCUGAUAGAAUAGUUGGGACAUUUACCUUUGAGACUGAUGCAAUCCUCCUCAACAGAAGCACCUUUGAUGACUCGUUCUACCUAAAUCUGAACAGCAGCGUUGUCCUGAACAUUUCUAACACCGGCUUUCCCAACGCCGCUAUCACCACCAUUACUUUCUACACCCUAAAUAAUGUUAUGUCAGUACGGAACACCAGCCUCUUCAACACCAACACCAAUAACACUGACCCCGUUAAUGCCCUCAACGCAGCUGUGGUGCUAAUCAAAGUAAAUGAAACGAUUCAGAACGUUACUUUAAGCUACGCCAAGAUAAACACGACUCUGACGCAAGAUCCUCAGUGUGUAUUUUGGAACUUUACACUGUUUGACAACAGGGGUGCUUGGGAUAGUGACGGGUGUGAGUUUGUUUCCGAUAUAAAUGACACAGUAACCUGCAGAUGCGACCAUCUCACCUCAUUUUCAAUUCUGAUGUCGACUGGUAUCCCUGAAGAACUCAAAACAAUCUUGGAUCUAAUCACCUAUGUUGGAGUUGGGAUCUCUAUGGCAAGUUUAGUUAUAUGUUUAAUUAUUGAAGGAUACGUUUGGAAAGCCAUAACUAAAAAUAGCACUGCCUUCAUGCGUCAUGUUUCCAUCAUUAACACUGCCCUCUCUCUGUUGAUCGCUGACAUCUGUUUUAUCAUCGGUGCCUUCAUUGCCGACAACCCAGCUGAAAACCCGGGACCCGGGAAGAGCUAUGAUGUUCCAGUUGAACCUUGCAGCACAGCAACAUUUUUUAUGCACUUGUUUUACCUUGCGGUGUUCUUUUGGAUGCUAGUUUCAGGCCUUCUGCUAUUUUACCGGACAGUCAUGGUCUUCUCCCACAUGUCCAAGUCAGUCAUGUUGGCUAUUGGCUUCUUAUUAGGCUACGGGUGCCCUCUGAUUAUAGCUGUUGUUACUGUUGCCGCCACAGCACCAGGAAAUGGAUACAUCAGGAGAAAAGAGGCUUGUUGGCUUAACUGGGAGCAAACAAGGGCCCUAUUGGCGUUUGUGAUACCUGCCUUAUCUAUAGUUUGUAUCAACAUAAUUAUCGUAAUUGUGGUCUUGUUCAAAAUGCUAACAAGAGGCGUGGGAGACGCCGCCCAAAGAGAUGAAAGGCAUACGCUGGUGGUCAUUCUAAGGUGUGUGGCCAUCUUGACUCCUUUAUUUGGACUGACCUGGUCUUUAGGAGUGGGGACCAUGCUAGACUCAAGGAAUAGAGGACUCCACAUUGUCUUUGCACUCUUCAAUUCACUACAGGGUUUCUUCAUUUUAGUGUUUGGGACACUAUUCGAUUCAAAGAUCUGUUCUAUCCUCGCAAGAAAAUUGCCUGCAACAAGCACAGGCUCCAAUACAACAAGAAGUACAAGUGGUGGCAUGUCCUCCACUGGACUGAACUGGUUCCAUCGACUGCGUGGAAGAAGAUAUGUCUAUCACAUGUCAGAGGCUGCCAACUCGGGCAGUGCUGGUGCGUCAGAGUCAUUCUCCAAUAUCUAAAUCAAUGCAUGGAACCGUACACAUUAUUUCAUUAGGGCUAUUUAUUCAAAAUAUCUGACAGUUAUUGUAGGAUUUUCAGCACAUAAUCAGAAAUGAUGCAGUUUACUGGGAUGAUAUUGUAAGAGACAGACAACAGACAUGGUUAGUUUUGAAAUCAGCGUAGUUUAGGUCCUAUAGGCAGCAUUAAAAUAUGUUUGCAUUGUAAAGGUACUGUUCUGUUACUCAAAGCCCUAGGAAAGCAAGUGUGACACAACAUUGUAAAUGAAACUGAAAUUACAUUUUAUUUUGAAGUGUGAAAUGUAGUGGUGCUCUGAAUCAAUGACGUGCAAUGAUCAAUUAUUAUCUUGUAAUGUACAGUCGUAGUGAAUCAUACCUACUAGUUUCUAGGUGUUUCAUGAUAUCAUUGAUAAUACCAUGUCUAUGUUCCUGGGGAAAAGAGCAUAAUACUUCCUACAUGAAAAGUAGCUACCGGAGAUAUAACAAAGUACCUGUAUCACAAGUUUGAACGGAAAAUGUUGCAUACUUUCUACAGAUUCAUUGUUAAUGCAGUUUGUGCAAAUGAACGAUGACAGAGCUCCAAGGUUAUCCACCUUGAAAUGGGGUUGGGGCAGGGCGGGUGCACCAAGAGUUUUGAAAGUCUGCAUUGUUCCGAAGACCCACUAUUCUGAAAGCCACUAGAUAGAAAGAAUCCAUUAUUGUCCGACAGUCCGUUACAAUAGCACAUUACUCCAAAAGCCAAGCCUAUCCAGUCUCUGAUUGUGUUAUGUUAUUAUGAGAGUGCUUUCAUACUUGUUUGAUACUGAAAUUGUAUAUAUUUAUUAGGGCCGGGACUCGAUUAAAAAAAUUAAUCUAAUUAAUU